AUGAGAGGCCUCUAUUUGCUUGUUCCUCCUGCUCGCUCUAGUUCACCUGGUUCACUUGUGUUUAAUCCGAGCUACAUGCUCGCUCAACUCGAGCCUCCUUCUUAUUCUGCUUCAAGUUCUGAUUCGGCUUCUUCUACUACUGAUGCGGAAAAUGCUUCUUCUUUGCCUACUAAAGCUGCUAAGCUAAAGAACCGAAACUGCAACAGGAACAGAAACUUCUGCAGCUUACCUUACUGCGGAUUCAGCAACGAAUUCCGCACCUUCUCCGUCCCUAUAGUCUCUCUCAUCGCUUCGACUGCGGAUUCACCAACUCUAGCUUAUCCGGAUUCACCAACAGAUUCAAAAACUGAAAUAGAUUCGGCAACAGAUUCAGAAACUUAUUCUGUUGAUGCUGCUACUGCCGAUUCUGAUUCCUCUUCUUCUGCUUCUUCCGGAGAGAGGGAGACUAGAAGAGCUUACCUCUGGCACCGGGCUUUCUUUCUCCAGCGCAUAUUAGCAGCGAUUGAUAGGCCGGCUUUACCGGCUGCUUCGUCUUCUGCCGAUUCUUUGUCUUCGUCUUCUGUUUCUUCCGCGGAUUCCGUUGAUCCGGAUUCUCCUGGUGUGGAUUCAGCAAUUUCUUCUGCUUACCUGACUUCUAAUUCUGCAACGGAAACGGAUGAUGGAACUGAGUCAGGAACAGAUGAUGGAACAGACUCCGCAACAGAUUCGAUCGGUACGCUUCCAGAUCCAGAUGAAGGAACCAACCGGUUGGUCGACCCUUUCAUCCCCGCUAGCGCUAGAUUCUGA